AUGCAUACACUCCAAAAGCAGCAGCAGCAACAGCAGCAAAACAACAUUGAGAGUCAUACAGAGCAGAACUACAGUAUGCAUACACUCCAGCAGCAACAGCAGCAGCAGCAGCAGCAGCAAGAGUUCAAGUUUCAACAUCCAUUUACAUGUAUGGUAUCGGGACCCACAUCCAGUGGUAAAACUUUCUUCGUGGUUCAGUUACUGCAACAAGCCUUCAAUAAGAUAAAACCAUCACCACAAAGAAUCAUUUGGUUGUAUAAAAGGUGGCAGCCGCUCUAUGAUGUAAUCAAGGCAUCUGUCAUAACAAAAGUAGAGUUCAUCAAAGGAGUGCCUUUACAUUUGGAAAAGGAUGAAUUUCUUGACACGACGACUAUCAGAAAUCUUAUUAUUCUGGACGAUAUGGCAUCGGAAACUGCGAAAGAUCAACGAGUUACAGACCUAUUUACAGAAGGAAGUCACCACAGGAAUCUAUCAGUGAUUGCCUUAAAUCAAAACUUGUAUUUGAGUAAGGAUCCAACACAGCGCAGAAAUUGUCAUUACUUGGUAUUCUUUAAUAACCCGGUAGAUAUGCAGCCCAUUGCAACUCUGGCAAGGCAGAUGUACCCCUCAAAUUUUAAAGAAAUGAUAAGAUAUUUUUGA